AUGGCCGCGCGAACGCUUCGAAUUGGUCUCAUCCCCGGCGACGGCAUCGGCCGCGAAGUGAUGCCUGCCGGGCGCCGCAUCCUCGAGGCGCUGCCCUCGUCGCUGGGCCUCCGCUUCAGCUUCUCGCACCACGAGGCCGGGUGGGCGACGUUCCAGAAACAGGGCGUGGCGCUGCCCGAGGAGACGGUGGCAGCGCUCAAGUCGGACUGCGACGGCGCGCUGUUCGGCGCCGUGUCCUCGCCCACGGUCGCCACCCAGGGCUACUCGUCGCCCAUCGUCGCGCUCCGCAAGCGCCUGCAGCUGUACGCCAACGUGCGGCCCGUCAAGUCCACUGCGAGCGCCAAGAGUCCCGUCGACCUCGUCAUCGUGCGCGAGAACACCGAGGACCUGUACGUCAAGGAGGAGAAGACGUACGCAGCGCCCGACGGCAGCCGGAUCGCAGAGGCCAUCAAGCGCAUCUCCGAGACGGCCAGCUACAACAUCGCCGCCAUGGCGGGCGACAUUGCCCUGCGCCGCCAGCGCGUGCGCGACGCCGGCGCCCCGAGCAUCCACGCGCGGCCCCUCGUCACCGUCACGCACAAGAGCAACGUGCUCUCGCAGACGGACGGCCUGUUCCGCGAGACGGCCCGCCGCGCGCUGGCCGAGCACCGCUACCAGCUCGUCGGCGUCGAGGAGCAGAUUGUCGACUCCAUGGUCUACAAGCUCUUCCGCCAGCCCAGCGACUACGACGUCAUCGUCGCGCCCAACCUGUACGGCGACAUCCUGUCCGACGGCGCCGCUGCCCUCGUCGGCUCCCUGGGUCUCGUCCCCUCGGCCAACGUGGGCAAGCACUUUGUCAUUGGCGAGCCGUGCCACGGAUCUGCGCCGGACAUUGAGGGCCAGGGCAUCGCGAACCCCAUUGCCACCAUCCGCUCCACCGCCCUGAUGCUCGAGUUCCAGGGCGAGGAGAAGGCUGCUGCCGCCAUUUACGCCGCCGUCGAUGCCUGUCUGGACGAGGGCAAGCUGCUGAGUCCCGAUCUCGGCGGCAAGGCCAAGACGGACGAGAUUGUCGAGGACAUUUGUAAAAGGUUGUAG